AUGAAAAAAGUAACACCGACGAAGAACGAUAGUAAACGCAGAAUCGGAGCCAAUGGAGCUACUGAUGAAGCUGCUUCGAAGCAAACUAGAAGAAGAAGAAGAUCAAGAGCUUCGAAAGCAGUAGGGAAACGAGGAGAGAAGCUGGACCAAGAGAGAACCGAUGUGUCGUAUAGGAAGAAAAAGAAAGAUCCAACGAAGAAGGGAUCCAAAGCUGGAUCACAUGCGGCUACUCCGAUCGGAAAGUCUCCUCAGCUCGUUCAGCCACCAACUCCGCCUACAAAAGCUGAUAAGAAUGAGAAGGUCGAUACAACCAAUACUGUCACCACCGACGAAGCGCUCACUGGUGGAACUACAUCUCUGAGUACCGUAUCUACUGUAUCCACUACUUUAUCCUCGGAUCUUCCACCUCAGACUCCACCCAAGGUCACUGGAUCUACACGAAAAACGAAGGUGAUUGUGGCAGCCAGUGACUUACCACCGUCUAUCAAACAUGCAGCUGAGAAAUGGGGAGGAGAGACAGCAGCGAAGGCGUGGUUGGAGAAAACCGAAUUUUCAAAAGUGAAGGCUGACUUUGAGAAAAUCAAUUCAAUGGUUGUGAAUGUGGAGAAGGAUUGCAAGAAAUGGAAGGCGAAUUCCAAAUGGAACCAAUCGGAAGACUAUCCAGCAUUGGAUUCGAAUCUAGUCAAUGUGGAAGAUGGAUAUGUCAAUAUGAGUCAGAUUGACUUCCCAUCUACUCGCAGUGUUCUUAUGGGACAGAUUCCAAAGAAAGAUUCGGAAGAAUCCUUCUGGAAAGUGGUGUUCGAAAAACGAAGCCUCCUGAUCCAUGUCAUUGUCGAAAGCAAUGAUUCUUUCGAUUUCUUCCCUCAGAAGGCUGAGGAGUACCGGAACUAUGGAUCAAUGUGGACCAAUAACCGACGGGUCGAGAAUCUUCACGAAGACAUCAGUCGUUUCUACAUUGAAGUUUUGCCAACAGGAUGUUCCAACUCCAUCGUCUCCACGGUUACUGAGACUGUCGAGUUGACCAACUACAUGGCUGGAGCAACGGCUGAAGAUACAGCACUCGUCCUUUCUCGUCAUGGAGCCGGUCGUGCUGGAUUCUUCCUCUCCUUGUGGAUUGCUAUGAACAAAUUGAAUGCAAAGAAUGAACCAUGUAUUGCGGAUAUUGUCAAAACAAUCCGUAGUCAACGUCCGAAAGCAGUGGAGACUCUAACUCAGUAUGCAUCAUUGUACAUCACUCUGUUCUAUUUUAUCAAGAGAAAGAUCGUGAAGGUGGAUCCUGAUAAGAAGGAUCCGGUUGUCAAAAAAUCGGUUGAGUUGAGCCAGAACUUUGCGAGUGCUCUUCUAGUGGAUCAGAGUGUGAUUGGGACCACUACAAUGUUGACUCUAGCUCCAUCAGCUACUCCAACAACGCCUCCGGCAAUCGAAAGAUCUUCAGCUGUUCAAGGAUCCGCAGUCAUGACAGUUUCUGGUCAAAAAUAA